AUGGAGUCGAAAUUAGUUUUAUCCCCUAUCACACAUAAACCUAUCAAAAUACGUGUUGGCGUCCAUGCUGGCCCUGUUGUUGCCGGAGUUGUCGGUAUGAAAAUGCCACGGUACUGCUUAUUUGGAGACUCCGUCAACGUUGCGAGUAAAAUGGAAGCUUGCGGUGUUCCAGUGAAAAUCCACGUCUCGGAGAGUGCGAGAACUAACGGAUUGCGAACAAAUCAAAAUUUUGUAUUCGUUGAUAGAGGAUUCACUGAAAUCAGGGUGAGCUGA